AUGAGUGAGACCGUUUUUUCAUUUGCCCAGGACUUUUUGGCUGGUGGAAUCGCCGCUGUGAUUUCGGAGACUGCUGUUGCUCCCAUAGAAAGAGUCAAGCUGCUCCUUCAGAUCCAGCAUGCCAGCAAGCAAAUUACAGUUGACAAGCAAUACAAAGGUAUUGUAGACUGUAUAGUACGUAUUCCCAAGGAGCAGGGCUUUUUGUCCUUCUGGAGAGGCAACUUGGCCAAUGUCAUUAGAUAUUUCCUAACACAAGCUCUCAACUUUGCUUUCAAGGAUAAGUAUAAGAAUAUUUUUCUGGAUGGUGUUGACAAGCGUACCCAGUUUUGGAGGUACUUCGCUGGUAACCUCGCCUCUGGUGGUGCUGCUGGAGCCACGUCUCUGUGCUUUGUCUACCCGCUUGACUUUGCCAGAACCCGUUUGGCUGCUGAUGUCGGAAAGGCUGGUGCAGAGAGAGAAUUCACAGGCCUUGGACACUGUUUUACAAAGAUCAUUAAGUCUGAUGGUCUGAAGGGCUUGUAUCAGGGCUUCAACGUGUCUGUUCAAGGCAUCAUCAUCUACAGGGCGGCUUACUUUGGCAUCUAUGACACUGCAAAAGGCAUGCUACCCGACCCAAAUAACACCCAUAUUUUUGUCAGCUGGAUGAUUGCACACUCAGUCACUAUUAUUGCUGGUUUCACAUCAUAUCCCUUUGACACAGUACGUCGUUGUAUGAUGAUGCAGUCUGGACGUAAAAAAGCUGACAUAAUGUACAGCGGCACUAUUGACUGCUGGAGGAAGAUUGCACGUGAUGAGGGUGGAAAGGCCUUCUUCAAGGGCGCCUGGUCCAAUGUGCUCAGGAGUAUGGGCGGAGCCAUUGUCCUGGUUCUGUACGACGAGCUCAAGAAGAUUAUGUGACACUAUAACAAAUUCAUUAUUUAAAGGAAAAAUUGUGAAUUAUGUGAAAGGGCUCUCACUUUACUUGUGAAGCCUGACUAGUGUUGCACUAAUAGUUAUAUAAAAGAUA